AUGUCACGGCGGCCUACUGAUGUUGCGAAUAAGGAGCGCAACGAAUAUAUCCCAUCGUUCAUUUCUAAAAAGCCCUUCUACGUUGACGAUGACUCCUCCGCCAACGACUAUCUCGAGCAUCAGCGUCUCCACAAAGAAAAGGAAGAUCAAAAAUGGUACGAUAGAGGGAAGCGUGUCGGCCCGGCAGCCACCAAAUACCGGAAAGGUGCCUGUGAAAACUGCGGCGCAAUGACACAUAAGGCCAAGGAGUGUUUGAGCAGGCCGAGAAAGCAUGGUGCUAAAUGGACUGGCAAAGAUAUUGAAGCAGACGAGCAUAUACAGAAGGUGGAGUUGGGGUGGGAUGCCAAACGAGAUCGGUGGAACGGCUACGACGCAAAGGAGUACCAAAAUGUUGUGGAAGAAUAUGAAGAGCUGGAGGCCCUGAAGAGGAAAGCAAAGGAUAAUGCAUCCACAGAGCAGAAGGCAACAGGAGAAGAUGGUGAUGAUGACGUUGAUGGCGAUGGCGAUGGCACAUCAGAAGCAAAGUAUGCUGAAGAGUCAGAAAUGGGCCGACAGCAGGGCAAAGGAACCCGGAAUUUACGAAUACGAGAAGAUACAGCGAAGUAUCUGCUUAACCUGGACCUUGACUCGGCAAAGUACGACCCGAAAACUCGAUCUAUGGUUGAUAUGGGUGCACAGUCGGAUCAAGCAGCCGCGCUGGUCGCGGAGGAGAACUUUAUGCGAGCUUCUGGUGACGCUCAAGAAUUUGAAAAAGCACAGAGAUACGCCUGGGAAACGCAAGAGCGAGGAGAUGCUAACCGACAACAUCUGCAAGCCAACCCUACAUCCGGAGAGUACUAUAGGAAGAAGCAGAAGGCUGAAAUGGAUGCUAAGAAGGCGGCGGAUAAGAAGGCAUUACUGGAGAAAUAUGGUGGCGGAGAACAUUUGCAGGCAGGCCCUUUGCGUGACAUGGCGGUCAUUGAAAACGAAAGAUUUGUCGAAUACGAUGAAACAGGAGCAAUUAAGGGGGAGCCUAAACCUGCUGCCAAAUCGAAGUACGCAGAGAAUGUGCUUAUCAAUAACCACACUUCUGUCUGGGGCAGUUGGUGGUCAAAUUUCACAUGGGGAUACGCCUGCUGCCAUUCUACAGUGAAGAACAGCUAUUGUACCGGAAAAGAAGGAAUAGAGGCGUUCGAGCAGGCCCAGAAUAUGCUUCAGAUAGAAGCAGGGGAUGACGACCAAGAACAAGCUCUCACUAAAGAUACAAUGGAAGAUAAGAGCACAGACGAGGGCCGAAACAAACCCGCUUCCAACGCACAAAAGAAACGGAGCCGACAUGAGCUUGAAAUGGGCGUUACAGAGGAGGAGCUAGAGGCAUACAAGAAGGCUCGAACUGCUGCCGCGGACCCCAUGGCAGCUUUUCUUGGUAAAGACGAACUGGUCUCAUAA